AUGUCGCUCUCCCCCCGACCCCGAUCUGGAUCGAGGCUUGACACCGUGCCGCCGUCACCCGGUGCCCUCACCUCGCCCCUCCGCAACCCUGGCUCCGCAGGGCGCCGUGCUCGAGCCCCGCGCCGCCCGGCGACCCUGCUGCGGUGGACGAGCCGCCUGCCGGAGAGGACCCCCUCCCUCGCGCCCGUGCCACAGCCUCCUCCUCGCCUCGACACCGCCGGCGCACACCGUCGCUGCCUCGUGCCGCCACUGCUUCGUAUGAGCCGCCUACCAUCGUCAUCGCCUCCUCGUCCUCCUCCUCGAGCACACUGCCAUUUCCCUGCCCCGCAAGUGAGGCCCGACCUCUUCUUCUCUCUCCCUCGCUGUCGCCCGAGCUCGCUGGAGCUCGUAACACCCCGCGGCACCCGCACCCUCCGUGCGCCAGCCACCUUGGCCCCUGCCGUGCCGCCCGCAUCCUCCCCCUCUGGCCUCUCGCCGCCGCUGCGCGCGUGCGUGCGCAUCCGCGCCCUGGCUCGCCGGCGCGCGCCCACUCCUACCGCGCCCCUGCUGGACCUCGUCCCCUCGCCACCGCUCAUCGGAGCCGCCGUGCCGCUCAGUCCCGUUCAACGCGCCCGGCCCUCGCACCACAGCCCCGCCUCUGCGUUCGCCGGCGCCCUCCAUCGCACACCACGGCCAUGA